GCGCAGUGUAGAUUUUACUGAAUUAUUGUUAUAAUGAAGUCUAAUCGAUAUCGGCAUUCCGUUGGCGAUACUCAUGGCAUAGAGGGUGAUAACAUAGCCAUAAGUCGUGUUGAACGGCACUUAUCAAGUCGAAGUCGAUCUAGGAGCCGCGGUACAAAGGAAGCUGCAGGCAGUCGUAGACACAGGUCGCCUGGAUUCCAUGGUUCUGGCCAUAGAGUUGACCCAGAUGCCUCUGCAGCGGCUGACUACGAAGAUCCAAAUACCUGUGAUGCCGAUGUAGUUAAAACUCCACUUCUUAAUGCCAGUUCAUCAACAGGUAGUAUCGCAAAAUCGCGACCUGGACUACCCUAUAUAUACCAGCAAGCUGAGUUCAUUCGCAUUUGUACGGAUUUAGUACGCAAGUGUGAUUUUGAAUCUGGUCUCCGAGAUUUCUUUGGAAAACUAGAUUCCGGGAGUAGUGUUGACUUAUCGCAAUAUGCUGACAACCAGGUACGGAAAAAGCUUAGACAUUUGGGUCGAGCUCUUUACCUCAAUCGUGAGGGCAAUAUGUUAACUAAACCUGCGGAGUGUAGUAUAUCAUUCAUUGACGCUUUUGAUGAGAAAUUGAGCUACAUUCGUCAUAAGGCAGAACUCCAGGGUACCUACGUUCGUGCAGUAAGUGCUCCUGAAACACCAACGGAUAAUGACACACCCAGUGUUGAUAUAGAUUCUGGGUCACUCUUAAGUUUGCGUGAGAUGCAUGAGCAAGGUUUUUUCGUUGGUUACGAGGACAUGCAGAAGGAGUUUAUAUCUCGUCAUGCUUCUCGCGACGUUUGGGGCAAGCCUGCAAGUGAGCAGGUUGCCUUAUCCAGGGAGUCUGAUAAAGAAUCAUCCCAGCCUUGGCGUGUGUUUGACCGCAAGGAGCUUGAGUUAGCUUCGGGAAUUGACCGAGCUAAAUACGAGCGUCUUCUAGAAUCAGGUAAUGAAAUGUCAACUUCAUUUGCCCCUGGGAAGUUACACACUUCAUUUAUUUAAUGAAUUCCUAUGCACAUCUUUUAUAAUAUAGAGCCU